CAAGAGUCAUCAUGAGAGUUCUAAUUGCUUCCUUCCUUCUGUUGCUGCCACUAAUGCUGAUGUCCGUGGUCUCUGGCAGCCCAAACUCAGGGGUCGCCAGAGGCCACAGGGGCCAAAGCCAGGCUUCUGGGAGAAGACUCCAGGAAGGAGGCCAGGAAUGUGAAUGCAAAGAUUUGUUCCUGAGAGUCCCUAAAAGGAAACUCAUCACAGUCCCUGGACUGAAGCAAUGUCCCUGUGAUCAUUUCAAGAGCAAUGUGAAGAAAACCCGCCACCAAAGUCAGCACAGGAAGCCAAACAAGCACUCCAGAGCCUGCCAGCAAUUCCUCAAACAGUGUCAGCUAGCAAGCCUAUCUCUGCCUCUAUAGGAGCCGCGCUCUCAAUUAACCACUCUGUUAAGGCAGUGAGCACAUCUUGAAGAUGCUCUUCCCUGUGUCUCAAGCUCCAUCUCUCAGUCCCCACUCUCUAAAUCAUUCCAUGUUCUCAAAAAGUAUUUCCCCUAAGAUCACUGUUCCUUCUAGUGCCUUCUCUAUUGUCAGUCCUUUGCUCUCCCCUACCCAGGUAUAAGUUUGAUUAUCUGACAGAAACCAGGAAGCCCAGGUUACCAAGCUGGUCCCACCUAACUACCAACCAGGCAAGUGGA